AUGUCUGUUGCUAUGGAUAGAGCUUUAAUGGCUCUCUCUUUGGAAGAAGAAGACGAGCCUUUCGAAAUGCCGGAGCUGCCGGGUUUCUGUUCGAAUGAGAAGAAUAAGCUGAGUCUUGUGGGUAGAACUUUAAACCCAGAAUGUCAGAAGAUGUCGACCCUCAUCUGGAGGAUGCCAGGUAAAUGGCAAAAGGAAGGCAAGUGUAAAGGGGUAGCUCUGUCGCAAGAACGUUUCCAGUUCUUCUUCGAUCACGAACACAAUCUGUUGGAUGUGCUGGAAAAAGGGGUUCAUACCUUUAACGAGUGGGUUGUGGUCGUAGAAAGAUGGGUGGAAGAUCCGCCGGAUGAUUAUCUCCAGUUUAUUCCGCUGUGGAUCCGUAUUAGUAAUAUCCCCAUUAAUUACUAUACGAAGGAAGCUAUAAUGGCGCUUGGAGAUCUGGUGGGGGAAGUCAAAAUCCUCAUAUUUGAUCCUCAGAAACCACAAACUCAACCUUAUGAAAGGGUCCAGGUGAGGUUCAACGUAGCGAACCCGCUGAGAAUGUCGAAGAUAGUAAAGAUUAAGGGAGGGAAGUCGGUGACUAUUCACUUCAACUAUGAAAGAAUUCAGAAGCGAUGUUUCACCUGUCAGAGAUUAAAUCACGAACAAAGCAUAUGUCCCCUCGUGGUGAAAAGGAGGAAAGAUGAUGCUGUGGCAAGGCGUCAGAGAAUUGCUCAGGAGCUGGAGUUGAAAAAACCAGUCCUUCAGGAAGACGACCCUCUCUUCGGUGUCCUAAAUGAAGAUCAGGUGGGGAUUAACUCAGUGACGGGAAGGCCGAAGAUUGUGAAAGAUGUGCUAGAUGAGAUGAGGCAGUACUUGAUGUUGGCCACAAAUGAAGAUAGAAUGGUUAGAGAAGAGAGAGUUAAAUCUUUUGUGGCUGCAGUUGAACAAGAUCCUAUCUUAAAACGUACGGUGCUAAGACUCGAGGCCCCUCCUAUCUUUUCCAAGGAUUUCAACAAAGGCAAGGGGUUUGUUUUCAGCUAUGAGGAGUCUAAGAAAAUGCAGGUGGGAAUAAGGCAGUCUGAGAAAUUAAUGGCUUCAGCUAUUAGAUCUGGUGCAGCCGGGAGGUGGAAUGCUGACAACAUUUCGAUGGCCGAGAGUGAGGAUGCAAACUUUGGAGGUACUUUCAGGGUCUCUUCUGGUGGUUCUACGGUAUUUAGCACGAGUUUUUCGGAACCAUGUGCUUCGUCCGGGGCUGCUAAGGGGGUUACCAAGAAAACCUACCAACGCAGACGUCCUCCAAAAUCAAAAAGAAAGCCGAGACCCUUAUUAGACUCAGAUCAAGUUGAAGGAGCUCUAUGGGAUAAAGUGGCUGGAAAAAGAGUGGAAGGCAGUAAGAAGAGAAAGGUAGAAAGUGAAGUUGGGAGCUUCUAG